UAAAUGAAAUUUUACAUCUGAUAAGUAAAUAUAUUUUACAUCCAUUUACUCAGUUUCAAAAUAUUGAAAUAUUAAGAACUUAUAUUGCAAUAUUUGAGAUGAUUGUAGAAGAAAGAAAUUUUAUUAGUAUCUGGCCAACAAUUCAAUCAUACGUACAACAAUGCAUACAAAGAAUCUUAGAAGAGCAGAAAUCCACUGAUACAGUUAAUUUUGUUUGUUGGAAUUAUCUGGUAUGUGUUUGCAAAUCAUCCGUUUUUGCAGAAAUGCAUAAAAAUCAUAUCAAAAAAGAAAUAUUAAACAUGAUAAAAUCUUACAUUAAUAUGAAUUGUUUAAGAAAUCCAUUUAGUAAGCCAAAUAUACCAAAUGACAGAAUAUCUCAAGCAUUUUGGAGAGAGCUUACUUCAAAUGCAGAAUGUGCUAUUUGGCAAUGUAUUGAAUAUUAUUUAAGAAAUGAAAAAGACGAAAUUAUUAUUGAUUAUUUAGAAAAAAAUUCCAUGCAUUUCUUAGAAACAGGAUCUUCUAAAGCAAUUGUUUUCUUAUUUAAAUGUUUACAUCAUGUAUUGCCAAGGGUAAAAAAUAAGAUGUGCAUAAAUGAAGAAUUAUUUACUGCGGUUGUUGAAGAAAGCUGGAAAAUAUGUCUAGAAUUGAAAAAAAAUGAACUGUUCAAACAAGCAAUAGAAGCCUUUAUAUACAUGACAUAUUCUCCUAUUACAAUGAUUCUUCCUUCGUUUAAAAUGUUAGAUGUGAAUAAAAAGUUAUUAAUUGAAUCUGGAGAAACGAGUUCUUUCAUCAUUUUUUAUUUAAUUGAACAUUGUACAAAAAUAUGGUCAGAUAAUCCUUCCUGUUUAACUAAUAAUCUGGAAAUAUUGUGUGCAGCACUUACUUAUGGACCAAUUCAUAGAAAAGAUCAAAGGAUUGUAAAUGAUGCAAUAGCAUAUAUAGAAAGUUUUAAGAAUGACGUUUCUGUCAAUCAGUUAAUUCAACCUGUAAAUAAUAUAAUGGUGAGAAUAACUGCAAUUAAAUUUUUGAGAAGACUUUUACUUUCAAUAACUGAAUAUCAGAGAUUUCCAAUUGAAAUUGUAUUACUUCUCUUAAAUCAAGAUAAACAAAUUUCAUCUACUAAAGCACGUCAUUUUGGAAAUUCUUUAAUUCAUAGAACUAAAACAAGAAUUUGGCAGAUAAUAAUACUACUUGAACCAUUUUUAACUGAGGAAAAUUGCAAACAGUUAUUGAAAGAAAUUUAUUCCUUAUUGGUAAAUGAAAAUCAUCAACCUUCUGUAAGAUACUUUUUGGAAUGGACAGUUGUCAGAAUUAUUUAUCAUUAUCCAACACUGGAAAAAGAAUUUACUGUAUAUUUUCAUAAGGCUAUAGAAAAACGUAUUGGAAGUAUAGUAUCUUUCAUUUCAAUUCUUAUUCAUCUCAUCAGUGUUACUUCUGAACAAAAUUUACAAGAAUUUAUACAAACUUGGAUUCGAGAAAUAAUCCCAUGGACUAUGGGACAAAACUUCAAUACUAGGAUUUAUGCUCAAUUAGCUGUACAAAAGUUUAUGAAAGUUUGUCAAGCUAAUAAAUUUGAAAAUAUUUUAAAAAAUUAUAAACCAGUUUUUGAUGGAAUAAGAAUGAUUGACAAUGGAAAUGUCAGUAAAAAUUCCCAAAAAUUACUAACUGAUUUUUAUUUUCAAGUAUUUAAUCCAAUAGAGCAUUAUACAAUGGAGACUAUAUUUUAUGAUCUACCUCGUUUAUCAAGUUUGAGUGAUGAAGAAUGGAUCCCACCGCAUCAUUUUGAUCAUCGUCUGGAAAAAUUUACUCCUAAUGAUGAGCUAAAAGCAAUAAAUUGUUACAAUGCAAAUUCUGAUUUAAAAGAUUUUAAAAUUAGUGAAUGGGUUCUAAGAACAUCAGAUUGUCUAGCCAAUGAAAAUCAAGCAGAAUCAGAUGAGAUUAAUAAUGUAACUAAUUUUCAGAAGAAAAUAACACCAUGGAAACAGAUUAUACCAGAUUCUGAGACAAUUCAAGAAAUACAAACAAGGAAGCAAUGGAAUAAUGAUGGAUUAAUUAUUGUUGCUUCUCUUAUUGAUAAAACACCAAAUUUAGGAGGACUUUGCCGAACUUGUGAAGUCUUUGCAGUUAGUGAAUACAUUCUUGGGAGUUUGAAGUAUAUAGAAGAUAAGCAAUUUCAAAACCUUUGUGUGACUGCAAAUAAAUGGGUUUCAAUUAAAGAAGUUAAACCUCAUAAUUUGAAAGAGUAUUUACUAGAAAUGAGACAAGAAGAAUAUACUCUGAUUGGAGUUGAACAAACUGAUAACAGCCAAAGCCUUGAAAAUUUUAAAUUUCCUAAAAAGUCUUUGCUAUUAUUAGGAAAUGAAAAAGAAGGAAUUCCAGUUGACCUGAUUCAUUUAUUGGAUGUAUGUGUGGAAAUUCCACAGCAAGGAAUUAUAAGAUCUCUUAAUGUCCAUGUCAGUGGAGCUAUUUUAAUUUGGGAAUAUGCAAGGCAGCAUAAUCUUGUAUCUACUUAAUUAAACACAUAUUUCUUUAAUAAAAAUUUAAUAAUAAUUAAUAAUUUAUAUAACUAUCAAAUUUAAAUGAUUUCAAAUGUUAUUCAAACAUAUGAUCAUUAAUAAAAAGAUAUUCUUUAUAAUAUAUUUAAAAGGCAUAAUAAUUCUGUCAACAUACCAAUACUUGUUAUUAUUGCCAAUUAUUUUUUAUAUGUGAAUAUUGUUUUGUUUUAUAAUAUUUUUACUAUGAACUUG